AUGGAACCAAGCAAUGAUACACAAAUUUCAGAAUUUCUUCUUCUGGGAUUUUCAGAGAAACCAGAACUACAGCUCAUCAUAUUUGGGCUUUUCCUCACUAUGUACCUGAUUACUAUGUGUGGAAAUCUGCUCAUCAUUUUGGCUGUGAGCUCAGACUCUCACCUCCACACUCCCAUGUACUUCUUCCUCUCCAACCUGUCCUUUGUAGACAUCUGUUUCACCUCCACCACCAUCCCAAAGAUGCUGCGGAACAUCCAGACGCAGAGUAAAGUCAUCACCUAUGCAGGCUGCAUCACACAGAUUUACUUUCUCAUAUUCUUUGCAGUGUUGGACAUCUUUCUCCUGACUGUGAUGGCCUAUGACCGCUUUGUGGCCGUCUGCCGCCCGCUGCACUACAUGGUCAUCAUGAACCCCCGGCUCUGUGGACUGCUCGUCCUGGUGUCCUGGAUUGUGUGUGUCCUGAAUUCCUUAUUACAAAGCUUAAUGGCAUUGCGGCUUUCCUUCUGUACCAACUUGGAAAUCCCCCACUUUUUUUGUGAACUCAAUCAGAUGGUCCAACUUGCCUGUUCUGACACCUUUCUUAACAACGUGGUGAUGUAUUUUGCAGCUGUCCUGCUGGGUGGGGGUCCUUUUGCUGGUAUCCUUUACUCAUACUUUAAGAUAGUUUCCUGCAUACGUGGACUCUCAUCAGCUCAGGGGAAGUACAAAGCAUUUUCUACCUGUGUGUCUCACCUCUCCGUUGUCUCCUUAUAUUAUUGUACGGUCCUAGGAGUGUACCUCAGCUCUGCUGCUAUCCAGAGCUCACACUCAAGUAAAAUAGCCUCAGUCAUGUACACUGUGGUCACACCCAUGCUGAACCCCUUCAUCUACAGUCUGAGGAAUAAUGACAUAAAGAGAGCUCUGAAAACAUUCUUUGUAAAGGAAACUACAAAAUUGUCCUAG